CAGGGGAGGGCACAAGUGCAGGCUUUCCUCUUCCCCAUAGUGACAUCAUGGCAAAUUCCCAAACGGGACGGACCCGGCUCGGGUGACAUCCAGCAGGGCCAAGCCGGUCCGGCCCGGGCCGGGCUAGGCCACCGUGCCAGCUGGGGGGACGGGGCUCUGUGCCCUGCAGGGUCAGCGCGCUGGGGGCGGAGUUCUGUUCCGCCCGCCCUCGGCGCGGACUGUGCCCUCGGCGGGCACGCAGACCCGCAGUGUAAGGCUUGGGCCGGGCUUCUCUGGGCCAAGGAUCAAGGUCCCUGGCUGGGGUAGGCCCCCGUGCAUUCCAGUCUUCCCGACCCGGACUCUCAAGAGGGCGCAGUAGAGCCUCAGCGUCCGGCGAGAAACCUCGCCACCUCGGCCGGAGGUGGAACUAAUCGUGUCCCCGCCCCGGGGCGGAGUUAUCCGGCCCUGAGACCCGCCCUAAAUCCUGAGGCCUCUCGGAAAGAACCAUUAGGGGCGGAAGUUAGGAAGCCCCGAGAGCCAGGCGGCGGAAGUGGUAGCUUUACUGCAUGUCCGUGGGCAUGCGUUGUUCUCGUUCCUUGCUGCCGCUCUCUAGGCACUAUCUUUCCCUCUUCUCUUCUUUUCUCCACGCGAGGGGGAGCGCGUACCCCUAGGCGUGGUCCCGCUCCCAGCCCUCUGCUACUCUCGUGGCCACCUCACCAUGGCGGGCAUCCUGUUUGAGGAUAUUUUUGAUGUGAAAGACAUUGACCCGGAGGGCAAGAAGUUUGACCGAGGCAGUUCCUGAUAUAGGAAUCUCCCUCGGGAAACACUGUAUAGAUGGGAACACGGAGACUCCGGAACUCGGCCUGGCUUCACACAGGCUGUGCCCUGUGCCUGGGUGGCCUUCUCUCAUGGUGCUGUGUCUCGACUACAUUGUGAGAGUGAAUCUUUCAAGAUGGACCUGAUCUUAGAUGUAAACAUUCAGAUUUACCCUGUGGACUUGGGUGACAAGUUCCGGUUGGUCAUAGCCAGUACCUUAUAUGAAGAUGGUACCCUGGAUGACGGUGAAUACAACCCCACAGAUGAUAGACCUUCCAGGGCCGACCAGUUUGAGUACGUAAUGUAUGGGAAAGUAUACAGAAUUGAGGGCGAUGAAACUUCUACUGAAGCAGCAACGCGUCUCUCUGCCUACGUGUCCUAUGGUGGCCUGCUCAUGAGGCUGCAGGGUGAUGCCAACAACCUGCAUGGAUUUGAAGUGGAUUCCAGAGUUUAUCUGCUGAUGAAGAAACUGGCCUUCUGAAGCACCCAGGAAGCCAACCUUGCUGCUUAGUCACUCAGGACUUGGACAUCCAUUCGAGCCUGAGGAGCAGUUACUACUGACCACCUGUUCAGGAAGGGCUGGCUGGCUGGCCACUGGGGGUGCAUCUUUAGGUGGUCUGGACUCAAUGGGAAACUUACCUGUGAAAGACCCAGUGGGAGGGCUUAAAAGGAAUCAGAAGUUGUUUGUGUAUAUGAUUUUUUAAUUAAACUUUACUUUUUCAGACUCUUUUCCCCACCUUAAAAAAAAAAAAUCUUUUCCAUUACUCUAAAA